GGCCAAUUGUGCGCCGCCCCAUGGGCCUCCCGGUCAUGGCCGGCAGCAACAGAGCCUGGGCGCGAACCCAGAAUCUCUGGUGGCACAGAGAUUUAGACCACUGCGCCACCCGGGAGGCCCCGGGGAGGGAGCUUUUGAGAUCAGGAGGGCAGGAGGGGAGGGAGAUGUUUGAGAUGAGGAGGGGAGGGAGCUGUGAUUUGCUUGUGAGCAGUGAACAUAUGGCUGACAAGCAUUUCUCAUAGGACAUCACAGACAGGACAUGGGGUCAAACAUGCCUAUUGUCAAGAGGAGGGAGAGACAUGUCUGGUAAGGUCAACCUUUAUGAUCCCUGUGAUCAGUGUGUUGAUGAGCAUGAUACUGAUCCUCCUGACAGGAAUGGGUUUUUAUGAAGCAAGUAUCCUCCAUGCAAGCAGAUGGUAAUGAUGGCAAAACCUGCUUUGUACUGCAUCCUCGUAGCAUGUUUUAUGUAGUGUGACCCGACUAGCUCCUUCGUGGUGGUAAUAGACUGUAUUAGAAACAGAAAGCUUUGACACCGCAGACACACGACACAGUGAGUCAUACAUCUCAGACAGUGGCUGACGAAGACGAUGACCAACAGGUUAUGGUGAAAUACUGAUACUAGCGUUGUGUUGAACGUGUUUGUUAGGAUUUUGUAAAUACGGAUGUGACGGAAUGACCUCUGAACCGGAUAUAAUACUGUUAUAAGGAAAACUGUUUCUCUUGUCGGACACCUCAUUUACUUUUUCUCUUCGCUCAGGAGCAUUUUACACAGUGUACAGUCAACUCCAAGCUACUUUGUUGUUUCAUUUUCCAUCUUGUUUUCCAUCCUGCUUUCCAUCCUGUUUUCCAUCCUGUUUUCCAUCCUGCUUUCCAUCUUGUUUUCCAUCCUGCUUUCCAUCCUGUUUUCCAUCUUGUUUUCCACCAGAAUCCUGCAGAGUCCAAUGGCCAUCCUGAUAUUAAUCAGUGUUUUGUUGUUGUCUGCACCAGCUGCAUCUGAGAAUGAAGUCACUGGGAUUAUAGGAGAGUCUGUUCUCCUGUCCUGUGACCUGAAAUCAUCCACGGCCAUCGACACAGCAAGACUCCGGUUCCAUUGGCAAGACGAGUCCGAAAGAGUGUUGUACUCGUUCGACAAAGGAGAAGAGAAUCAACAUCAGGAUAGUCUUUACACAAACAGAACUAAAGCCUUUCGGUCUGAGAUGAGUUCUGGGAAUAUGUCUAUCAAACUCAGCCAAGUAACACUUGAAGACAAGCAGAACGUCUACAGGGCUUUCGCUACACUGUUUGGCGAGAAUGAUAAGCAUAACCACCCGUGUCGCACUACCCUACUUGUGGCAGCACGGUUCCCGACACCCAGUGUGACUGUGAACAAGACAAAUAUGAAUUCCACGUGUUCAACCCAGGGUGGAUACCCACGACCAAUGGUCACAUGGACCAUCCAGGACCGUGGGAACCGCACUCUGGACCCGUGGGAAGUACAGACCAACAUUACCCCGGAUUCUGAAAGUGGACUGUACAGCGUCUGGAGCCAAGUGAAUAUAACAGAAAAUCAGACGGUGACCUGCCAUAUCUUCAACCCCGUUCUGAGAGAGACUGUGAGCAACACAACCAUCGUCAGCCCCAGUAAGAGCAUUAACACUGACCCUGCAGGUGAUGUUCAGAAAGGCUUUACUCCCAUCAAUAUUACUCCCAUCAUUAUCACAAUAGUGAUCAUUCCAGUAUUGAUUCUGUUUUCCAUCGGGGGUUAUUUUGUGUACAAAAAACGUUGUGGAGCCAGCGGUGGAACCAUAAAAGUUGAAGGAAAUAACCAUCAAAGAAAUGGUCAUGUUGAGACAGAGCUUUUGGACAGGUGUAGCCGGGCAUCAGACAAUCUAGAGGCAGACUGAUGGGACAUUUCUUUAUAUACGGGUCCAUAAAUUGGACAUAUCGGUAUACUGCAUCCCAACGAAAUCUACCUCUUCAAAAUUGGAAGUAUUUG